GUGGUUUUCGGCGUUUCGAAGCAAGCAUCAAAACAUCUUUUUUUCGCUGGACCAUGCUUCGCAGAUUCGAUACUGUGUCGAGCGGUGCGCGCUUCGAACUUAGCGUCGGGAGAGUUCACUCCACACAUUCACUCUCCAUGUUGAAACGGACCAACUUCUCCUUCAGUCGACUCCGAGCGUCCCUCCGCGCUGCCUGCCCUCCGGGCCGCGGCUGUCCUCGGCUGUGUUUUCUAAAGAAACGGGAAAGUAAAUAUAAAGAUUAUAUGACGCUGGACGACGAAUGAAGCUCCGAAACAACUGAGUGAACGCUGUCCGUGUGGACUCACGGUGAAACGGUUUGUGCCAUAAAAGAAGUCUGGAUGCAGUGUCUUCCACGACUCAGGUGAAAGUGGAUGAGCAGAUUGUCAGGAUGAAGGAGGAGAAUUUGUUCAAUCGGAGGUUUUCUCUGUGCCCCACUGCCACCUCCCCACCCAAAAUUGACCCCUGUACCCUUACUCGGAACCUGUCUUAUGGAGGAGAGGAGGACCUCUACAGCAUCAGUCCAGGCAGUGAUACAGACCGGAAUGGUCUCUCCAUGCUGAGUAAUGAGCUUAGUCCUGCCCAGUCACCAGGCAGUAAGUCUGAGACCAGGAUGUUUAAUGGUCUGGAGAAGGACAGUCCCUCCCCCACAGAGAAGCUGGCCCGGAAAGAGUCUCUGAAGGUGCAGAAGCAGAACUAUAGACAAGAGAAGAAACGUGCAACGAAAGAGCUGUUUAGUGCACUGAAGGAUCCCAGUGUUGUCAUCAUGUCCAACUGGCUAAAGAUCCGCGGCUCAUUAAAGAGUUGGACAAAGUUGUGGUGUGCCCUGAAACCAGGCGUUCUCCUGAUAUACAAGACACCCAAAUCAGACCACUGGGUUGGCACCGUCCUGCUCAGUGCGUGCAAGCUGAUUGAGAGGCCCUCCAAGAAGGACGGCUUCUGCUUCAAACUGUACCACCCACUAGACAAAUCCAUCUGGGCAGUCAAGGGUCCCAAAGGAGAAAAUGUGGGCUCCAUCACGCAGCCUCUACCCAGCAACUACCUGAUCUUUAGGGCUGCGUCUGAGUCUGAUGGCCGGUGCUGGAUGGAUGCUCUAGAGUUGGCUCUCAGCUGUUCCAGCCUUUACAAACUGACAGCCAAAGGGGGGAGAGAAGGAGAUAUCAGCACAGCCUCAGAAUCUUCCCAUAUACUCCACCUGCUCCAGUCUACUACAUUCAGUGACGCAGAGCUACUACAGUUGAAUGACACAGUGCUGCUGGGCAAUCACCACAUGGAGCCUGACGGUUUUUCAGAUAAAUCGGAGCGUGAGGCUCAAGAAGAUUGGGACACCUUGGGCAAUGAUCAUGGGGGACGGCUGACGGAAGAAAGUGACAUGGAGCAGUCAGACGAUUUGUCCCCUGUGUCACAAGCUACAGCCUAUGUAGAGCAGAGCACAGAAGAGAUGGCUGAGGCUGGAGAGGCGUCCCAAGUCGAGACAGUAUCAGAAGAGAACAAAGGUCUUAUCUGGACACUGUUAAAGCAGCUGCGGCCUGGAAUGGAUCUCUCCAAGGUGGUGCUUCCGACCUUCAUUCUAGAACCACGCUCCUUUCUGGACAAGCUGUCAGACUACUAUUACCAUGCUGACCUGCUCUCACAAGCUGCACUGGCGGAGAGUUCGUACAGUCGAAUCAAACAGGUGUUGCGAUGGUACCUGUCAGGCUUUUACAAGAAGCCCAAGGGACUGAAGAAGCCUUAUAAUCCAAUCCUAGGGGAGACAUUUCGCUGCUGCUGGCUUCAUUCAAAGACUGACAGCUGUACUUUUUACAUAGCCGAACAGGUGUCUCAUCAUCCGCCCAUAUCAGCCUUCUACGUCUGCAAUAGGAAGGACGGGUUUUCCAUCCGAGGAAGUAUCUUGGCUAAGUCCAAAUUCUACGGUAACUCUCUGUCAGCUAUUCUGGAUGGCAAAGCCAGGCUGCUGUUCCUGAGCAGAGAUGAGGAGUACGUCAUUACCAUGCCUUAUGCUCACUGCAAAGGAAUCUUAUAUGGCACAAUGACUCUGGAGCUCGGAGGGAAGGUUACUAUUGAGUGUGAGAAAACAAAAUGCUUCGUAGAGCUGGAGUUCAAACUAAAGCCUUUCCUGGGAGGUUCUUGCUCUGUGAAUCAGAUCAGUGGAAAGAUCUGUGUAGGAGAGGAGCUGGUUGCCACUGUGGAUGGUCACUGGGAUAGUGAGGUGUUCAUUCAAGAGAAGCGAACGGGCCAGCAGGACACACUGUGGAAAUCGAGCGCAGACAUCCGCAGCAGCCGUCUCAAGAGACAAGUCGUCCAAUUAGACCAGCAGGGAGAGUUUGAGUCUGAAAGACUGUGGCAGCAUGUGACCAGAGCCAUCAUGGAGCGGGACCAGGUCCAAGCCACCCAGGAGAAAUUUGUGCUGGAGGAAGCUCAGAGAAAAGAGGCCAGAGAGAGAGGAGACAAAGCCUGGAUCCCACGACUGUUCCAUCAGGACCCCAUUACCUCAGAGUGGACCUACAAGCACAUGGACUUACAGCCAUGGGACCCUGAGCACUGUGUGGUACAGUUUGAGAAGGACGGAGUCAUUCAGACACACGAGAAGACCCAGAGAGAACACAAUGAACUGUCCUACGACCACAGCUGGACCAGCCAGCAGAAGACUGAAGUGAACGGAAAACACAGGAAAUCCAGCAGCCAGCCAUCCAGCUGCAGCCAGAACACUGAGAGCAGCAGCACAACGCCAGAACCCACGCAUGAGUCCUCGGACAAUGAAGGUUUCUCAAACCAAUGUCAGCGGUGCAUUAAAGAGGUAAAAGAGAUCGCCCUGAUAGAGGCCUCCAUCGCAUCUAUCCAGAAGACGCAGCACGACAUUCAGAGGAACCUGGCGGCACUGAGUCGUCAGCUGACUCGUCAGAGGGCGGCGGAUGAUGGCGUAUUGCUAACCGGCCGUCACUGCCUCUUCGUUUGCGUCCUGCUAGUCUCUCAGCUCCUCCUCAACUACGUCUUCACCUGAGCCUGCGCCUCGGGAUGGAGUUUCCCUCCUGCACUGAUCUGCUGUCAGAUCCUUCUCACAAGCACAAACUCCAAUAAGCCGAGAGGGACAGACCUCAGAUCAGCAUUACCAGGGCAACUUUGUCCCGUUUCAUCUCAGAGGGGAGGAGCCCAGACAUUAUAGCAAUAAACACAGCCACAGCAACCGCCUGUCAGUCAUCUGCCCAGAGGAAAUGACACCCCCUAGAGUAGCCAGACUGAAACAGCACCGGCACCCGUGCACUUUUUUGGAGAGGAAAGGAGGGACAUGGAUGGCUCAAACAUUUCAAAUAAAAAGAGGAACUGUAUGAUAAUGAAUGGUAGAGAGGAUGUUUCACCAUUCCUUAGUGUCUUUUUUUUUUAUCUCACCCUGCAAUACUGUUUAUGAGUGUGUGUGCAUGAGUGUGUGUGCGUGCGUGCAUGCGUACAUACCUCCGAUAGGCCCUACGGGCGCAGGCCAGUCACUACGUGGACUUUUAUUUCCUUCCACUCUAGAUCUUUGGGCCUUAAUGCUGAAGCCAAAAAGAAGAGAAAAAUGUCACCUAAACAAAUUGUCUUUUGUAACGAUGACGUACACUUAAAAAUAACACUCUGUCUUGUCUCUUAAUGAUGCCGACUUCACCAAAUCAGUAUUUAUAACCUGAAAGGACAAAGAUUCCUUGUUUACUGCAUGUGUUUGUAGUGACACAACGGCGUGAAAGACAAGACGGGGUGGAGCUAAACAGCCUGUCAAAGUAUUUGUGCAACUGUGGGGGAAAAAAAAAAACAAAUCUAAGCUUUGGUCCAGAUCAUCACAUGAGUGUGAACGAUCACUUACAUAUAGAAGCAACAUGUGGAGGAAAACAUGAGAAAUAGGUUUAGUCACGAGUGGGGAAAAAAAAAGAUUUUGACGAAAGAAUUUCCACACAAUGUUGAAGACAUACACUACCAGUCAAAAGUUUCAGUCAGAUGGGAAAUUGUUCAAACUUUUGACUGGUACUGUAAAUGCUUAGUAUUUUGUUUUAAACUAUUGUUUUGGAGUCUUUUGUAUAUAUUUGUGCAGUACACUGACAGUCAGUGCUCUGAAAAGAGAUUUCAGAAUGUAUUUAUUGGGCAAUUAACCUUUAUUUCCUUAGUCUGAUUCAGCUUGGAGGACGGAGACGAGAGGUGACAAUCACUCUUGCUGGGUUGUGUGGCUUCAUCGUCUUUGUGUGAGCUGUCAAACCACAUCUGUGGUCUUAGUUGUGUGUUAAAGCUACAGUGUGUAGAAUUUAGUGUCAUCUCGUGUUAAGUUUGCAGAUUCCAUUUCUGCUAAUAAACGCCCCACAUCCUGCACACUGUAGCUUUAACUUUAAUUUCAGUUAAUUGUACGUUUGUUUGUUUCCAUUGGUUCAUUGCCAGUACCGAUCUAUCCAGUGGCACAGCCCUGAAGGAAGUUGAUGUUUAAAGCUUUUAUUUACACCUGGAAUUCUCUGUUCUUUUUUUCUACUAUUUUGUCAUGUUGUGAGGAUCCUACAUGCACAAAUAUUUUUUUGCCAUAUGACACAACAUGCUGCCUGAUGUUUUCCAUUCAUACCUGUUGCAUACUGUAGCACAACAGUAAAAUAUUUUAACUGUAAGACUUUGACCUUCAUUACAAUAAAAAUGUCCCUCUCUCGUACACUGCCAUGUGCUGUCCACUAGAGGGAGGUGUUAAAGAGCAGCUAACAGUCAAUGUGUUCAGCAUCUUUUCAUGUCUGCAGCAAAUGUUAAAUCUUACAGUUGUUUGGUUCAAAUAAAAGAAAAGUACUGAU